AUGGAUGGACGAAUGUCAUUAGGAAUAAAUGUCAGUAUAAUAAUUAUCCUUAUAAUAUUCGCAGUAAUACUUGUUCUUCCUUUCCGACUAUUGCUUGACACUAAUUACGAGGAUACACAUGCCAAUACUUUGUCCAAUGACAACAAUAAAAACAACAUUGAUGGAGUCGAUGAAGAAGAAAUGAAAAUUCCAGAGGAGAAGAUUGACUUCGCUAAACUGAAGCUGUGUCCGUACAAAUACCAAAUGAUUAUUGAGAGUAUCUUUGUGGAUUACUACGACAAAAAUUGCACGUACAAAUUAGACAGUAUUGAGAGUGGAAGUAAGACAAUUACUAAUGAUAAUGAUAAUGAGACUGAAGAGACUACAAAAAGCGGUACAAAUUUGUCCAGUCCGAGUUUCCGAAUUAUUCGUCCGAAAUCAGUACCUGUCACGGAUUACAUCCUUAUUAUGAUGCUGGUGUUUUCCGUAAUCGGUGCCUUUGUAGAAUAUUUACGGAUACGUUUCAUAAAUACUCAGGAUCCAACAUCAAGUGUUGAAAGUACAUUGAUACCUAGGAGACAGUCAAUAGUAGAUUUGAUGUUACCUAGAAAGUGUAUUAGCCGCGAGCAGUUAUUAAAAACACAAAUGUCAUUGGAUGUACCAAUGGGAUGUCAGCGUUCGGCAGUACGAGUGUCUGGGACGAGUACACCGCCGUUAAUUCGACGGUCAUCGUUUCCAGCGUUCGUCACCAAAGAACACGGAUUAAUAGGUGACUCGACGCCACCCAGGUCACCCCGUCGCCCGUCGACGUCCGUUAAUGACACAGAAGGUUUUACGAGUCACCACCGAUCGAGACUCAUCAGACGUCAUUAA